AUGGUUCUCUCAGACCUAGGUCGGCGCAUCAAUGCCGCCGUGUCGAACCUCAAUCGAGAACCCAACCUCGACGAGAAAGCCUUCGAUGCCAUGAUCAAGGAGAUAUGUUCGGCCCUCCUGUCGGCCGACGUCAAUGUUCGGCUUGUUAAAAACCUGCGAAAGUCGAUACAGAGUGCUGUCAACUUUAAAGACCUUCCACCUCACACAACUUCGAAUGGCAAGAAGCGCAUGAUCCAACAAGCGGUCUUCGAACAUCUAGUCCAACUCGUCGAUCCCCAUGCGGAACCAUAUAGACCGAAGAAAGGCAGGUCGAACGUGAUCAUGAUGGUCGGUCUUCAAGGCGCGGGAAAGACUACAACCUGUACGAAGCUGGCGAGGUACUACGCCGCCCGAGGUUUCAAGGCCUGUCUAGUCUGCGCGGAUACCUUCAGAGCAGGCGCUUAUGAUCAGCUGAAACAGAACGCUACAAAAGCAAAGAUACCGUACUACGGUUCACUCACACAAACGGAUCCUGCAGUGGUAGCUGCUGAGGGUGUCGGGAGAUUCAAGAAAGAGAAAUUUGAGGUUAUCAUCGUUGAUACCUCAGGGAGACAUAAACAGGAAGCAGACUUGUUCCAAGAAAUGAUUCUGGUACAAAAUGCCAUCAAACCUGAUCAGACAAUCAUGGUUUUGGACGGCACGAUUGGUCAAGCGGCCGAGGCACAGUCGGCCGCGUUCAAAGCCACAGCUGACUUUGGUGCUCUUAUCAUCACCAAAACAGACGGUGGUGCAGCCGGAGGAGGUGCUAUCGCUGCUGCAGCUGCAACCCAUACUCCUAUUAUCUUUCUUGGUACUGGUGAACAUUUGGCAGAUCUAGAGCGAUUCGAUGCAAGAUCAUUUAUUUCCAAGCUCCUUGGAUAUGGAGACAUGAGCGGUCUGAUUGAGCACAUUCAAACACUCACAAGGGAGUCAGCAGGGAUGAAGGAAACCCAGAAACAUUUGGCAGAGGGUAUCUUCACGAUCCGCGAUAUGAAAGAGCAAAUCACGAAUAUUAUGAAGAUGGGCCCGCUUUCCAAGAUCGGCAGCAUGAUACCCGGUAUGAGUGGCCUGAUGCAAGGCAUGUCCGACGAGGACGGGACUGAAAAGCUGAAAAGAAUGGUGUACAUCUUUGACAGCAUGACGACCAAAGAACUGGACUCUGAUGGCAAAAUCCUGAUAUCACAACCGUCUCGAAUGGUGCGAAUCGCCUGUGGCUCGGGCACCAGUGUCAGAGAUGUCGAAGAACUUCUGACACAACAUAAAGUGAUGGCCAGCGUCGCCAAGAACAUGGGCCAGCAGAAGAAGAACAUGGCCAAAGCUAACAGUAUGUUGCAAGGCGGUAACAGGCAACAGCAGCUCGCAGCCAUGCAGAAACGGAUGCAAAGUAUGGGUGGCGGGCGGGGCGGGAUGCCUGGUGGUGAUCUAGGCAAGAUGAUGCAGAUGAUGCAAAACAUGGGUAUGGGUGCUGGAGGUGGAGGCGGUGGAAUGGAUGCUCUCAUGCAGCAGAUGGGAGGAAUGUUUGGCGGCGGCGGGGGCGGCCGGGGCAGAGGAAGAUGA